UUCGACGGCCCCAUAACCGCCGGCUACCAGGGGAAGGUGUACGCGACAACCAUGGCGUCCCUGGUGGCCAUUGACGCAUCCGCCCCAACACCAUCAGUCAUAAGGACGGACAUGGGACCCCCGCCGCGGUGCCCCAUGCACGCCGGGUACAAGUGCUACCCGGUGCCGUGUCCUGGCGGCGAGCUCUUUUUGGUGCGGUGCUGCAUCUUUGGCGACCCGGACGUGGUGGAUCUGAAGGUUUUCCUAUGGAAUCAGGAGGAUAAUGUGUGGGGAACUGUCGAAAGCAUCGGGGAUAGAACAUUUUUUGUGGGCAGGUGUACUUUCGCCGUCGGGGCGGUUGAAGCAGGAACCCAACCCAACUGCAUCCAUGUGCUGCGUAAAGUUUGCGAUGAAUUUGUUAUCUACACCGUGUCUCUGGAUGAUAUGACCUUUGGGCUCCGUAUAGUUGAGGGAUGUGAUGGUGAUGAAGAUGAUGAUGAGGACCAAGUAUUCUGGACUCUUCCCACGAGCUUCGGUUUGAAAGAUGUACAAGCCAUCGAUACUAUUCAUGAUGUCUCCGAUAAGGUGAUACAAAGAAGAAUUGAACAUUGUUUGGGAGAGCAAGAAAAGGAGGACAUGAUGAUGCUUAACGCGGCCUCUCCAGAGGAGAGGCAGUGGUGUGACCUCCAUACCGACUUGUCGCGGCUACUAGUAUCCAAGAUUUCAUUCAUCGAUUUCCUACAUCUGAAAGCUGUCUGCAAGCGGUGGAACUCCAUUGAAAGCCCGAUACAACAUGCAAAAGGGUUGCCAUUGCUCAUGACACCCCGCGUAGCAGGAAGGACAAAAGAUGAUCUUCUCGAGGUCUUUGAUCCGAUGAGCGAGAAGAAGUACAACAUCAGGGUAAACAUCCCUACUUCAUGUCUCCAAUCACAGGGUUCGCAGUUACUGCAUUUCACAAAGAAUGGUUGGGUCAUCGUGUCAAGAGGCGGUGACCAAAUGUACUUCCUAGUGAAUCCGUUCAAGAAUUACCCGGAUGGCAGCCAUGUGAUUGCUCUUCCACUACUAGAUAUCCUUGGCCUCAAAGGAUUAUCGUUCUCUUCCAUGCCGGGUUCUCCGGACUUUGUGGUCCUCGCCGUGGGAGCCACGCCAGACAACGAAGUUGUCUUUAUUCAAACAUGGCGAAUAGGAGACAAAGAGUGGAAGGAAGAAAUCUUACGAAAUGUUGAUGUGCCGUUCUUCAUGGCAACUCAUAGCCCCGUCUUCCUUGACGACAUCGUUUAUUUCCUAGACAUGAAUGGCAGGCUCGGAGUCGUGGACUUGAACGUGGAAAAGGUGGAGUGGAAGGUCCUUGACAAGCCAGAUCAACCGAUACGUGGAAGUGACUAUGUGUAUACAAUUCGGAAGUUGAACUAUAGCUAUCUAGCGGAGUGGAAAGGCGACCUAGUCGCCAUUAUCCGAGAAAACGGGAAUUUUGGGUUCAUCAGAAUACUUAAGCUUGAUCGGUCUAGGAUGGUUUGGACGGAUUUGGAAGAGAUGGAGGAUGCUGCCGUGUUUUGGGACAGAAGCAAUGCUCUAAUUGCGAGGCCAGCUUGCGGAAGGGAUUUAUGCAACAAGGUGUACUUUCCAAGCUGUACUAAGACUGACGAUGGUGGGCAGGCCUACUACUGCUUAAAAGAGCAAGAAUACUACCCUUUCUUUUGUGACAAGGAGCCAAUGAAUGCCAUAUGGUUCCAGCCAAACUUUUAGGAUUUGCUUUGGUGACCAGCCUAACAAGGAGUACUUUGAAAUUCCUUUGCAACCUAAAUAGCUGAGGAAGGAGCAGAAUAGAUGACCUUAUUCAAAAUGUUUACCUUAUUUCCACAUGCAGGCUAAUCAAGCUCGUUAUAUAUAGUUUGUCUUCCCUUGUCUCAGCGAGUGUCUCAAGCUCGUUAGUAACUACUACAUCGUCCUGUCUUGCUUUGAUUUGCCCUGUGAUUUACUCCAUGGUGCAAAUACGUACAUUUGGGUGUCAACAAGUACAAGCUCAUACUGUCAACUGCUAGGUUACCAAACGAUCGGGGUGCAGGUUUUUUUUCUUUUUUGUGGUGCCAAAAUCAUUCAGGGACCAACAACAGAACAACUGAUAGGGAACAAUUAAAACCAUUCAGCUGUGCAUCAAGCGCGAGCGCUCGCGAUGUCCACGUCGGACUAACUGGAAGACAAAAAGAGCAAGAGGGAGGAAGUUGCCUCGAGCCCCACCCCUUCCUUAUCCUUUCCUCCAAAAUUUCACAUCGCACGCAACCUUCUCUCGUGCCGCCGCCGCCGCCGCCGCCGCCUCUUCUCUCCCCCGAUUCUCCUCGCGACUGCUCCGAGCCCCUCCUCUUCCCUGUGUCGGCUGCUCGACGCGCCACCGCUGCGGGAGAAGGUGAACACGAGGAGAUGCAGGGUGGGUGGCCUCGCCGGAAGAGGGUGACGCCGGGAACCACCGGCUGGCCAAGGACCGUGUGGGCUGGCACUUCCCCGCGGCGCCCUCCUUCCCCGACUUCGCCGUCGCCACUGCCCCCUCCCCUCCUGUCAAGGCUGAGCGUGCACAGAGUGGACGAGUCGAUCGCGGCGGAACCAGAGUCACUCGAGGCCGGGGUGCGAGAUGAUGUCCAGCAGGCGGAGGGGUGGCCAUGGGAGGAGUAGCCCACAAUGAAAUCCAUUUUCUCUUUGUGUGUGUGUGUGUGUGUUGGAUUUGGAUCGAGGAAGGGGAUGGCGUGGGGAUGAGGCGGUGGACAGAGGAAGAGGGCGAUGCUGGCUGGCUGAGCGGGCGGAUCUGGUCUCGUUUGUUCUGUAGAGCGGCCAGAGGAGCAGGCCAACAUAACACCAACGUGGUGAGCUUCCCCUCUCCACCAUCUACCCCCAGAUCUGAACAUCAACUACAAUUUGUACGUUUUGGUUAUACUCUAUUUCAGUUUAUACAAAUCUCGUUUUGGUUAAACUUCUGUCUUCGAUGCCAUGGCUGAAACUAGAGCAAACACAUAAAACCUACAGAGAAAGGAUUACACACUUUUAUCAGGUGUUAAGUUCAGCUGCCUUGACCAUGGCAGUGCUAAGUAAAUUUAUAAUUGGAUUCUGCUGAUCUGUGGAUAGGUAGCCUAACCGGUGAUGGGUAGCCUCACCCUGUUAAAUCUGAUCGGGUAAUGUGAGAACCAAAAUGAAUUUAUUUUGCUCCGUUUCUUACAAGCACUUGUCUUAAGUAGAUGCCACAAGCUCAUCUUCAAUGAUGGAUUUUAUUAUGUCGUGCCUAUUAAGCAGCCAAAGAUCAGAUAUUUGACCCCAUCACUAAUAGUAAGAUGCACACAAAGAAUAUCUGCACCCAGUCAUUCUCAUUCACUGAAGCUUGGUUCUUUGUUAUAUGAAUCAGUUAGAUUUCUACAAAAGCGAUUCUUGUUGCUAGGUGCAUCAUCGUCAAGGAUGUGUUUUCCCCACUUGGGAGCAACAUCUAGAAUAUAUUUUCCUAUGAACGCGCGAGAUUGCCUAUGUGCUGUUAGAUUUGAUCUUCAGAAUAUUUGCAAGUGAUGUCUUUCUGCACUGUAUUCCGUUCAAUAGAAUAGCACUGCACCCCUAAUUCAAGAAUGCAAUUUUAGAGUUAUACUAAGGACAGUACUUGUGCAAGGCGAAUUGAAAUCGAAAUUUCGCAUGUACACCUGCAAAAAGGAGAUGACCUGCAUGAGUGCAAAGGCUAAGGCGAGGUAUGUGCAAUCUUGAUGUACCACCAUGUAAAAAAACUGGAGUAUGUGCAUAAUUUUUCCUAUGGAACUAUUAUGGAAACCAGAUGCUUAUUCUUGAAAUGGUUGCUCAUAUCAAAGAAGAGGUCUCCUUUGGCGCCAUUUUGGAGUUCUUAUCCAAGUUCUGUUCUAAUUAUUACUAGAUGAUGUUGUGUUGAUGCUGUUCUUCACAGUUGAUGGCAAUAUGACGUUGACAAGUGUAGUGGUUCGGUUUGGAGAAAGAGAGAAUAAAGUAUCCCUAUACAUCAGUACAUUUGGCUACUAAUGUAAGAAUACAAAAAGUCGUUUCAGUAGCUUUCACAGGUUCAUCAAGGAGUUGGCUGUUCAAGCUGAAUCCCUCCACACCCAAAUGAUAAAAGCUUGUUUUUUUAAUGAACAAGCUAAUUUAGGAAACGUUGCUAAUCCAGGCUAAGAAAUGAGUUCUCAGAUGAGGUGUCAUGUGCCAGCAGUAAUUUUUUUAUGAGUCUACCCAAGUGUCAGAGUAACUAUCUUGCUUUUAGUUGUGAUUCUGAUUAUUUACAUUUAAGAGCUCAUUUCUUAUGACUUCUUGUGUGUAUCAUGAUAGAUUGUAUACAACUGAUCGUAGCUCAUUUUAUUAUUCGGAGACUUUCAACUAAUUACCAUAUGCUAAUAAUUCUCUUUUCUUUUUUCUUUCCUUUCCAUUUGCCAAUUACAUAGGUUCAUUAGAAAUCCAACUGUCAAUGAGAACGCCAUGAACCUCAUUUUUGGUUCAAUAAAUCGUUCAAUUUCUUUUAUUUAAUUUGCAUGUGGAAACAACAUAUGCUAAUUUUCCAUUUAUGUUUCAACAUACACAUGCGCACACAUUUGUACUGAUUAAUUGUUCGCGAAACGAUCUGCCGACAUACUCACAUGAUACUUUUAGUGCUGUUGUCUUAUUAUUUCCCUUUUACUCCGCUCUCUGUUUUUCCAUCUUGCUUCACUUUCGAUCAAUCGUCACAGCAAUUGCUUCUUACCAAUUAUUAUAAUUUUUUUUCUCAAAUGCACAGCGCAAGGAAGAUGAGCUUCCUUGUAUUUCUCGCUUGCAUGGAUUCUAUUUAUUGGAAUUAUUUGCCGUAAAAAAUGCCUUGGUCAUACAUCUAAGUACGACUAUGCUUUUAUGUACUCCCUCCGUUCCAAAAUAGAUGACCCAAUUUUAUACUAACUUUGUACUAAAGUUAGUACAAAGUUGGGUCAGCUAUUUCGGAACGGAGGGAGUAGUUGUGUGAGUGUGUGACAACAUCUCAAUAUCAAAGUUUUAGUAUCAAGGAUAAAAAACUUUGUGGAUGUACUAUUAGGAAGAGCAGUGAUUACAGCCAGUAUAGUUUGGAUAAAUGUAGGCAGUAAAACUGGAAAUUGGGCCUGCAAAAACUAAACAUAGGCAUUUUUUCAACCACUUUUUAAGUGGGCACGAUGAUCUUUGCCAAGUAUGAUAGCCAAACAAGUUGCUAAUUGCCAAGUGCUAACCAAUUUAUCUACCACCAUUGUUACCUGACGCGUUAUGCAAGGGUGGUUAGCUUGUACCUGUCAGCUUCUGCUCCCUAACAUGGAUUCUAGUUAAUGGAUCACUAUGCUUUUGAAGUGCUUAUGCACCACAUCUCAAUAUCUAAGCUUUAGCAAUAAAACCAAAUAACUACAGAAACAAUAAAAUUCUAACAGGGAAUAUAGAUGAGUGCUGCAAUGUCAAGUGUAGAACAACAGAUUCACAAGCAUGGUGCUUACCACGCUUGCACUGGUGCUUGACCAUGGUGACGGCGCCGCUAUGCCUCCAGUCCAGCGCGUCGGGCACGGCGUCGGGACAGGAAUGUGCCUUGCUUCACUUUCCGUGAAGUCACUCCUUUGUACUUGUAUUGUUUCGUUUUACUCAAGUGCCUUGAUACAAGAUACUUAAAGUAUUUCUCGAUUUUACCUCAUUCCUUAUUACUAACCCACAACCGUACUUCCGGUUAAUGUGGUCUGGACUGUCAUUCAGGUGCCAUGGAAGGACUAAACAAGAUCGCGACGGGCUCUCUUCUCAGCCUUCCUGAGUAGAAACUAAUCGGUUGUGACAGAUCCCACAAUGCUGGUUGUGGCGGGUAGGCUCAUGAACUAUGCUUAUAAGUUUGUGAUUAAUAAUGGUGGGAGUGACAGGAAGGAUGACUACCCGUUUGGUGAAUCAGAUGAAGCAUGCAACAAAAACAAACUGAAAAAGCAUGUGAUAACAAUUGAUGGCUACUGAAGCGACGUCCUGCUGGUGUACAUCAGGGACGCCUGCACCAACGAUGACGCCUUCAAGGUGCCGUGGAAGUGAAGUCAGGGCAUGGGGAUCCGGGCAAGUGCGCCAAGGAGACCGACGCGUCUUACCCGCUCAUGACCCAAGCAGUGAUUUUCCAUUGCCUCAUGUAUCAUCGACCGUCGCCAGCCUCUGGUUUUAGAUGUGAACGUGCAUGUACCAGUACUUCAUAUUGCUAUAUUUUGAUUCUGACGAAAUAACAUCACGUGGUACAAUCAAGAAAGUGGAAGGGGCGCAUCCUAUCUAGCACCGCCCUAGCUUCCUCUCAGGCGGCGCACCUGGGUGCGCCCCAACCACUAGUUUGGGAAAAAACCUACUUGCUCUGUUCCAUUAUGUAAGACAUUUUUUUGGCACUGUAGAUGGGUAUCCUCCAA